AUGGUGGACGCGCCUGCCACUGAUACGUCGGCUCCUCAGAAGAAAACUCUUCCGGUGGAGAGCCUCAGGCGUUUGCAGAAGUUUGAUGAAGCUUUGACUGCACUUGAAGUGGCCAUCGCUCCAAUUCUCCAAGUGGGCUUCGAUGAUCACAUGAAGCGACGCACAAAGCAGUACGUGGAACGAUUGAAAUCGAUUGAAACUCGAAAGAGUGCUCCAGGUCUGAAUAAACGAGUUGCAAAGGUAGGCAUUCGUCAGAAAUGCGUUGUGGAAGUACCUAGCAAACGCCCAAGAGAAGAUUUGCCGGAAGGAAACAAUUCUGCGGAUCAAGCAGAUUCAGAUAUUUCCGAUAACGAGGAGAUCGAACACAAUUCGGUAUCCGAGAACGAAGACAUUGAACACGAUGAUGAGGUAGAAUCAGUCAUGCCAGCUGCCGUCGAACAACCUUCGUAUGCGGUUACGAAUAUCAAAUUCGAAGAUAUUGAGCCUCCACAACGACCUGCAAGAGUAAAAACAGGGCGAAGGAAAUAG